AUGGGACCAUCAGGUUGUGGUAAAACAACAUUACUUAAUAUAGUAGCUGGUCGAGCAUUAAAUGGUGUUACUGAUAAAAUAACACAAGUUGAACAAAUCAUUGAUCAACUACGUAUUCGAAAAUGUGCUGAUACUUCAAUAAUGUUCAUAUCUGGUGGUGAAAAGAAACGUGUUAAUAUUGGUACUGAAUUGUUGACGAACCCAAGUGUUAUUUUUCUUGAUGAACCAACAUCUGAAUUGGAUAGUACAUCAGCUGUAUCAUUGAUGGAUGUUCUUCGUGAUUUAGCAAUGCAAGGCAAAACAAUAAUUACAUCCAUUCAUCAACCUUCAUCACAAAUUUUUCAAUCAUUCGAUCAACUUAUUCUUUUAGCAGAUGGAAAAACUAUUUUUAUGGAUAAACCAUGUAAUGCUCUACCUUACUUUGCAACAAUGGGUUAUCAUUCACCAUCACAAUACAAUCCAGCUGAUUAUGUCAUGGAUCUUGUUAGUCAAGAUAUGAAAGUUCGUGAACAGCUGAAAGAAGAAUAUCUUCAAAAUAAAAUAACUAAACAUGUGAACACUAUAUCUAAUCUGUUACAAUCACAAUAUUUAUUAGCUGAACCAUCUGGAAAUGAAGCUGAUCUAACUAAUCCAGAUAAUGUUAAUUUAAUACCAAAUAAACAUGAAAGUAAAUGGCCUAUUAGAUUUUUAUCACAAAUGUUAAUUCUUUUCUCACAUGCAUUUUUUUUAACUGGUAAAAGACAAUUUACAUUUCUGAAUUUUGCACAAGCAUUAGGUUUAGCAUUUAUUAGUGGUUUAUGUUGGCUAAGAAUGGAUUUUUCUGAACAUACAAUACCUGAUCGAUCAUCAUUUAUCUUUUUUCUUAUGACAUUUUGA